AAGAGGCUGAAUGACAUUUUCGGCUCUCCACAUCCAAAUCUCUGGAAAAUUCCUUCACUUGUCAGGCUGCUGCAGAGCUCACACAGGCUGCCAAUGACACACUGGACACAGUGCUGAACGCUACAUGUUAGAUUUUGGAUUUUAGUUGGACGUGUUGCGGCAGGAGACCCAGACCAGAUAACCUUGGAAUGUGGGUCACGAGGCUACGCGUUGACCGAGGUGACGUGAAUGUAGCGUAGUGUCUUCUAAGAUUGUGGACUAGUUCAGUGUGAAGACAGAAAAGGCAGAACAUCCACGUGUAAGAGGUCGGUGCUGGGGGAAAAAAGCGCACCUGUUUCCUGUUAAGGAGCAUCUUUUACUUCCUUCUCGUCUGUCACCCUGGGGAAGGCAACGCUCCUCCGAUCUCCCCGAUUUCCCCCUUCCUCUCCAUCAUCAUCGGCACCGUUGCAGACUGUUUCAGCGUCCCGCUGCACCCUGACCUCAGGUAUCAGGUGGAAAAGGUUCCGCCUCCCCGGAUUGCCCAUCAUGCACAUCAAGACCACCAAGUGUAACCGCUUCUGCCUGGCCGCCUCGGUGACCAACCAGGAAGUGUUCAACUCUUCCAUUGCACAGGCCAGUUUCGAGGCUCUGUUCCGGUCAUUCGACCCGGAGGUGCAGUUCCAGUACUUCAAGUCUUUCCGGCGGGUGAGGAUCAGUUUCAGCGAUGCUCUGGCCGCAGCGGAGGCGAGACUCCGGCUUCACAAGACGGACUUCAACGGCAAAGAAAUGAGACUGUACUUCGCUCAGUCUGUCCACAUAGGCAGUCCUCGGCUGGAGCCGCCCAAACCGGACAAACAGUUCCUGAUCUCGCCGCCUGCCUCCCCUCCAGUCGGCUGGGAACAGUCCCAGGACGCCACGCCAGUCAUCAACUACGACCUGCUGUGUGCCAUCUCAAAGCUCGGACCAGGAGACAAGUACGAGCUCCACACCGCCACGCCCACCACCCCCAGCGUGGUCGUCCACGUCUGCGAGGACGAGCAGGGCGACAGCUCGGCCCCCGACGACAGCGACCAAGACGAGAAGCCUCGCCCGCUGCGACCGAAGAUCAUCCAGACGCGACGCCCCGACUUCGCGCCCAGAGUGGAGCAAUGAGCGACACGCCAGUGUGAAGAUCGUAACAUUUCAUCCUGAAGUGAUUGAGCUCAACACGCUCUCAGAGCUUUAAAGAAGGUUUGAGGACUUUGGGAAGCCGCCCGCGGGUGCUGCCAUGUCCCGUAUCGGAGAGAGAAAACCUAGUGUCGAAUGCUGCAUUCAUGUCCCAUGGGAAAGAUGGGAGAAAAGAAUGUCCUAAUGGGGAAUACUGUUCAGUUUAGCCAUCAGAUGAUAUGUACUGCUUGUGAAUCUGAGGUUUGGAGACGGAACUGAAGAAAACAUUAGUUGUGAAAUAUAGAAAAUAAUUUACUCAUGUUUUGAUCAUAGUGUAAAAUGACCUUGGUUUGUUUGAUAUUUUGCAACAAAAAAAGCCCUAAAAUGUACCAUAACUGAGUUUGUGUUUGUGAGAUGAAGCUGGUCAGGUGCAAAUAAAGUCUGUACAAGAGCAUUAAAGUGAAUGUUGGUUAUUCCCACAUGACAUGAAUGCAGCAUCACUGUUCUGGUGGAGCUCAGUCGACAGACACGAGGGGAACUUGAUUUCUUUUAAACUACUUAAUGACUGUUGAUUUUUUGCUUGGGUGCUACAUGUGUAUGUCAGUCAGCUGCAGGGGUCAACAUGUGCUCUCUGACGUAUGAGGCCAUGUUUGAUGUCACAGCUUCAUGUGCAGUUUCGUGGUGGAUUUGUCAAGUCAAAGCUCGCCUUUCUCACGUUUCCAGUCAGGCCCCACACGAGGAGUGUGAGCCGAAGUGUUGUCCCUCUGAUGACUUGUCCAAGUGUUGUUUGGGGAUUAUUUUAGCGUCUCUCUGUGUGCUAAAUUACAAUGGCUUUAUUCUUGAAUGCAAAACACGCUCACACAUCCAGCCUUUGUUAAUCUGAGGCUUCCAACUUCAUCGACCAUGGUGUAUUGUCAGUGAAAAGAAAAGGAUAAAACAAAACAGGGCCAAGUCUAUAAACUUUGAGUUGAGCCUGUUCACACACUCUGCAUGUAUAGGAACAUUUUCUUUUGCUGUUGUCAGUGUCUCGGCUUGAAGAAGCUGUAAUGUUUGAGCUAUUGGCAGCAACCUUAUAGUGGGUGAGAUAAUACUAGUGAUGGCCAAAUGAAGCUUCAUGAGCCAUUGUCUUUAUUUUUUGGGUCCACUCUGGCACUCUUUGUUCAACAAAGGGUUGAAACCAAACUGCAUUGCCAUCCCUUGAGCCUUUUUCAUUACACAAAGAGCGCCAUCUGGUGGGUUCAGCAAAUACAACUGGUGGUUCGUGAAGCUUCGUUUGGCCAUCACUGGAUAAUACACAUGUAAACCCUGUUUAUGUAGAUAGAGCAUCUUCUGUUCCACUUAUUACCACAUCUGUUCUGUGUCAUGUAGUAAUGCUGCUUUUAACUAGUUGGAUAAAGGUCAUUGAUCAUGUUAUUUCUAGUUAUCAGUUGCUCCAGGCUUGUAUUGUAGUUGUGAAGAAGCAAUGUUUGUGUUUUCUCGUGAAGGAUAUUCUUUCAGGGCGAUGAGAGAAUGUAGCACUGUGAAGCGCACGACGCACUGCCAGCAAGUCGGCCAGCUCGUCUGGAGGUUGCAUAAGGCUCUGUCACUUCAGAUCCUUUUUUUACUACUGCUGUCUGAAGCUCGUUUAUCUUGAAAACAAGUCCUGAACAUGAUUGAUUUGCCAUGAAAUAAAGAAUUGACCGUUCAAAUCC